AUGGUUGGUGUAUUCAUGUCAUCGUGGCUUGGAGCUUCAGUUCUCAGCAUUGGUGAAUGGUUUAUCAAGAAAAUGCCUCUCAUCAAUUACAUCUACUCAGCAUCUAAACAAAUCAGUGGAGCAAUCUCACUAGAUCAAAGCUCAGGUGCAUUCAAGGAGGUAGCGAUCAUCAGACAUCCACAUAUGGGAGAAUACGCUUUCAGAUUCAUUACAUCGAUUGCGAUUCUUCGAGGCCGUACUGGUGGAGAAGAGCUCUGUUGUGUCUAUGUACCUACAACACGAGAGUCUCCUGCGUUACCAACCAAGCAUCAAGCUCCCACAGAAGCAAUAUGUGGCUUGUUCUUCCAUUGCUCCUGCACUAAAUCGAGAAACUCCUCCUCCGUUGCUACAAACGCCCUUGUGAUCACAUCAGGUGAAAUCCCUCGUUGCUCCGAUGUGCACCUCCUCAUAUGA